GAAGCAUAGGCUACUGUAGCCUACUGAUGAUAUUGCAAGCGUUAUUCAGAAAUUAGGGAGAGAUUUAAAAGAAUGGAUUCACUUUUUCAAUCCUAGUUAAGGAUACUAUAGUUACCACGUUUCACAUUGGAUUUAUUAACUACAAAAAGAAGAAAGCCGUUACAGAACAACCCACCAACCAAGGACCAAGCGGCGUGGUAACAGGCAGCGGCAGCAGGAGCAGCGCAAGAAGGAGGAAUGGACAUGGGAGGACGAGUUGGACGGAAAAGGACCCUGGGCAGAGCCAGGGGAAUAUCGCCGGGGCGGCGAGCUGGAAAGCAGAGCUGGAGGCAGCGAAAGCAGAGAGGCGGCAUUACGAGGAGCUGGCGCGGCAGCGCGGCUGGAAGCCCGAGAGGCAGCCCCAAAAAUUUAGUGGGGGGAGGCACAGGGAGAGUGUGGCAGAGUCAGGAGUCAGACCUGAGCCAGCUGUCUCUCAGUCCUUUGGCUACAGGUGCUCCCGCCUGUCCAGCGCUGCUAGCGCCUUCCGUCUGUCCAGAGCUGCUAGAGUCUCCCGUCUGUCCAGAGCUGCUAGAGUCUCCCGUCUGUCCAGAGCUGCUAGAGUCUCCCGUCUGUCCAGAGCUGCUAGAGUCUCCCGUCUGUCCAGAGCUGCUAGAGUCUCCCGUCUGUCCAGAGCUGCUAGAGUCUCCCGUCUGUCCAGAGCUGCUAGAGUCUCCCGUCUGUCCAGAGCUGCUAGAGUCUCCCGUCUGUCCAGAGCUGCUAGAGUCUCCCGUCUGUCCAGAGCUGCUAGAGUCUCCCGUCUGUCCAGAGCUGCUAGAGUCUCCCGUCUGUCCAGAGCUGCUAGAGUCUCCCGUCUGUCCAGAGCUGCUAGAGUCUCUCGCCUGUCCAGAGCUGCUAGAGUCUCCCGCCUGUCCAGAGCUGCUAGAGUCAGUCUGUCUUGAGCCACCAGUCAGCAUGGAGCCGCCAGAGCCGCCAGUCAGCAUGGAGCCGCCAGAGCCGCCAGUCAGCAUGGAGCCGCAAGAGCAGUCAGCCAGCCAGGAGCCGCCAGAGCCGUCAACCAGCCAGGAGCCGCCAGAGCCGUCAACCAGCCAGGAGCCGCCAGAGCCGUCAACCAGCCAGGAGCCGCCAGAGCCGUCAACCAGCCAGGAGCCGCCAGAUCCGUCAACCAGCCUGAGCUACCCAUCAGUCCUGAGCUACCCCUCAGUCCGGAGCUGCCCCUCAGUCUGGAGGAAUUUGUUAAGUCCAGAGGUGUCCCUCAGUCCUGUGGGCCUAUUUAUUAGGGUUCCCAUGUCAGGGUCGGCGGCAGGGGUCGCCGUUCCUAGGAGGACACUAAAAGCAGACAAAGACUAUGGUGGAGUGGGGUCAACGUCCUGCGCCAGAGCCGCCACCGCGGACAGAUGCCCACCCAGACCCUCCCCUAUAGGUUCAGUUUUUGCGGCCGGAGUCCGCACCUUGGGGGAGGGGGGGGGGGGGGGGGGGUACUGUCACAUUCUGACCAUAGUUAUUUUGUGUUUUCUUUGUUUUAGUGUUGGUCAGGACGUGAGCUGAGUGGGCAUUCUAUGUUGUGUGUCUAGUUUUCCCGUUUCUAUGUUUGGCCUAAUAUGGUUCUCAAUCAGAGGCCGUUGUUAGUCAUAGUCUCUGAUUGGAAACCAUUUUUAGGUAGCCUGUUUUGUGUUGGGUUUUUGUGGGUGGUUGUCUUCGUGUGUCUGCACCAGACAGAACUGUUUAGUUUUUUUCACAUUUGUUGUUUUGUAUUUUGUAGUGUUUACCGUCUUUAUUAAACAUGAUGAACAC